GUCGUUUUCUUCUGCUCUGCGUAACUUGUCUCCCUAGUAUCCCACAUAUGAGUCACGAAAUGGGAAUCCUUACUCGCACAGUUAUCAAUUACGAAUAUCUCUGUCAACCUGCAUCUCCGCUAUAUAUAUAUAUAUAUUGUAACGUGGAAAACUUUCCACCGCGAUUCCUGACAUAUAUUCCUGGAUAGAGAUUUAAGGGAGAUGCACUCCAAUUACAUCUUCAAUUCCCCUGAACCACUCACCUAGCUACAUCUAUCAAGCGAAUAAAUUACUUCUCUAACCCGUGAAAAAGACCAAAAAAUAUAGUAUAUCAGUUCAGUGUAUCCCCUUCUCACACACUUCAAAUUCAGCGGAAAAUAGAAGCUCAAACAUGGUGACCACCAUUCAAGUGCUGGACCGCCCCUAGGACCAUCCCGACAGCAUAAUGCUCCGCCACGCGCAACGCAGCGAACUCGCCGUGCGGUAUAACACGCCGGAUUCUGAGUAUGGGCCCAAACCGACCAAGGAUGACGUUACUGCCUUUAUCGUUGCAUAUAUAGACGCGAAGCCGGUGGGAUGUGGAGCGUUGCGGGCACUGAGUAAUGUAGAUGAUAACAAUAAUACGACGGUCAUCGGCGACGAUCCGCAAAUCCAAACCCAGUCACAGUCACAGCCACCGCCACCAUUGCUCCCCGCAGAGGCCGAAGUAAAGUGUAUGUUCGUCGUCCCUGAAUUUAGGGGCAAGCGUCUCGGAAUUGCUUCGGUUAUUCUGGAGGCGCUACAUGAGCGGGCGCAGAGUCCGGAGGUGGCGGAAGCUGGUGUAUGAGACGGGCAAGUUGCAGCCUGAUGCGAUCCUGUUUUACAUGAGGGGAGGGUAUAGACCUAUUGAAAAUUUUGGGCAUUAUAUCGGCUCAGAGUUAUCUGUGUGCUUUGAAAUGGAGAUUUAAGCUCUGAUAGGGAGUGAAAUAAAGAAAAUUGGUGAUGGGUUGGUAGUUGGGGACAUCAACAAAAUGUUGUCCGCUUGAAACAAUUGUUUUGCCCUUGGGUAUAGACAUGGUUGAGUUCUCUGAUAGAAAUACAAGUGGAUACUUUCCCACGCUCUUUUCAGUGUUGGUGGAUAGAUUUGAACCCCAGCUGCGAUUCCUGGGCUCAGGGUCACGCUUAUGAGGACAGAGCAGGAUCGAUAACAUAACCACUGCCCCAAAUGGCCAGUGUAGCAUGUAAGUGAGAACCUAGAUAUUUGAAUAUAUCCACUAGCCUCGGA